AUGUCUCAGACAAAGUCAGACAAGGAAUGGCAAAAUGCACAUGAACAUUACUGUCUGGCUACAGUAAUUGCUGUGCUGGGAGUCUUUUGGACUCAAGCUUUUUCAUAUGAAAUCUAUAGCCUCCCAGGAACAAACGGUGACUAUGUCCAGCAAACUGUGACUAUUAGCAAUGAACUUCAUAUUGCUGAUAUCCAUAUCCAUGCUGGGUUGUGCUCCUCUGAUACCAUUUUUGACUACAAACAUGGAUACAUUGCUACCAGGCUGUUUUCACGGAGGGCCUGCUUUAUCUUGAAAAUGGAGAAAGUAUAUAUCCCAGAGCUGAAAGAAAUUGGACGGCUUGCUUACGAGAAACAGAUGAUGAACAAGAUGUUUUCCCCAAAACACCUGUGGGUGCAAUAUGAACCCAGUGAUUCUAUAUUUGGUGAAAUCAAGGAGUGGUUGAUCUUUGGUAAACCCAUUGAGAAACUCUGCAAAGGUGUGCCUGUUUACAAGGUUCGCAAGGUUGAAGGUGCCAUAAGAGCUGGUGGCUGUGCUAAGGCAGGAAUCCUGGGCAUUUUGGGCAUUUCAAUCUGCGGAAAGAUCAGUGUUUAGACAUAACCCUGGCAGUGCCAUUGCUUCGAAUGAGCUUAUUAUUUUCCAGGGGCUUUUAUUCUUUGUAAGCCAUGAGCAACGUUAUUAAUUUGGGAUCAAUCUCAUUGUUCCACAUAAUCAGCCUCUCU